AGGUAUCUUUCAAUCUACGCGUCAUGUCCAGGAACUUGGUUAGAACUGAUGAGCUGUGCGGUGCUCUGGAGUCUCUGAGGCUGGCCGGGGAGAGCAGUGAGGACAGCCUGCAGGGGAGUCUGGACUGCCUGCUCAACGCCCUGGCCAACAACAAUGCCGAGGUCAGUGUGCGGAUCCAGGACUCGGGGAUCCUGCCUCUGUUCCCUGCGCUUCUGAGCCACACGGCCUGCACCCCUAAAGUUGCCCACGUCAUUGCUGAGGUCGCCAAGAACGAGUCCCUGAGGAGUUCCUGUGUGAGUUCGGGGCUGAUCCCCCCGCUGGUGCAGCUGCUGAGCUGUGAGGAUCAGGAGGUGCUGCUGCAGACGGGCCGCGCGCUGGGCAACAUCUGCUACGACAGCCACUCGCUGCAGGCACAGCUGAUCAGCAUGGGUGUGAUCCCCACCCUGGUGAAGCUGCUGGGGGUUCACGCCCACAACCCUGCGCUCACCGACAUGUGUCUGAUCGCCUUCGGCAACCUCGCCGAACUUGAGUCCAGCAGGGAGCAGUUUGCCUGCACGAGCGUGGCGGAGGAGCUGGUGAGAUUGUUCCGGAAGCGGCUGGAACCCGAGAAGAAGGAGGUCAUCUUCGAGGUCCUCGCUCCGCUGGCCGAGAACGACGUGAUUAAGCUGCAGUUGGUGGAGGCGGGGCUAGUGGAGAGCCUGCUGGACGUUGUGGACGAGGCUGUGGGCGGAGUCAGAGAGGAGGACGCGGCUGAGCUGAAGACCGCCUCUGACCUGCUGGUGCUGCUGCUGCUGGGAGAUGAGUCCAUGCAGAAGCUGUUUUCGGGGGGGCAGGGGAGCGUGUUCCAGAGGGUUCUGUCCUGGGUUCCCUCCAACUGUCACCAGCUUCAGCUGGCAGGGGCGCUGGCCAUCGCAAACUUCGCCCGCAACGACGGCAACUGCAUCCACAUGGUGGACUCGGGCAUCGUGCAGAAGCUUCUGGAUCUUCUGGAGCGGCACACGGAGGAGGGCAACGUCACCGUGCAGCACGCCGCCCUCAGCGCCCUCAGGAACCUGGCCAUCCCGGUGGUGAAUAAGUGGAAGAUGCUGUCGGCAGGGGUGGCUGACGUGGUUCUGAAGUUCCUCGCCUCAGAGAUGCCGCCGGUGCAGUUCAAACUCCUGGGGACGCUACGCAUGCUCGUUGACACGCAAGCGGAGGCAGCCGAGCAGCUGGGCACCAACGUGAAGCUGGUGGGGAGGCUGGUGGAGUGGUGCGAGGCCAAGGAGCACGCCGGGGUGAUGGGCGAGUCCAACCGCCUGCUGUCCGCCCUCAUCCGCCACAGCAGGUCCAAGGACGUUGUUCAGGCGGUCAUCCGAAACGGCGGGGUCAAGCACUUGGUAACCAUGGCGACGAGCGAGCAUGUGAUCAUGCAGAACGAGGCCCUGGUGGCUCUGGGGCUCAUCGCCGCUCUGGACCUGGACUCUGCAGUGAAGGAGUUUGAGGGAGCCUCAGUGGUGCAGAUUCUCCAUAAGCUGCUAUCAGACGAGUACAGCGCCCCCGAAAUAAAGUACAACUCCCUCAUCCUGAUCUGCGCUGUUCUGGGAUCAGAGUCCCUGCAUAAGGAGGUGCACGGGCUGACCUUCCUGGAGGUGGUGUCCGGGCUGCGGGGCCACGAGAACGAGACGGUCGCCCACCAGGCCUGUGUGACGGAGCAGAGACUGUCUGUGCAGGGCUGACCCCCAACACACCCCUACCUAACACAUCCCAACACACACCCCUACCUGACACAUCCCAACACACACCCCUACCUGACACAUCCCAACACACACCCCUACCUAACACACCCCAACACACACCCCUACCUGACACACCCCUACCUAACACGCCUACCUAACACACCCCAACACACACCCCUACCUAACACACCCCUACCUAACACAUCCCAACACACACCCCUACCUGACACACCCCUACGUAACACACCUACCUAACACACCCCAACACACACCCCUACCUAACACUCCCCAACACACACCCCUACCUAACACACCCCAACACACACCCCUACCUAACACUCCCCAACACACACCCCGACCUAACACACCUACCUAACACACCCCAACGCACACCCCUACCUAACACUCCCCAACACACACCCCUACCUAACACACCCCUACACACACCCCUACCUAACACACACCAACACACACCCCUACCUAACACACCCCAACACACACCCCUACCUAACACACCCCAACACACACCCCUACCUCACACACCCCUACCUAACACUCCCCAACACACACCCCUACCUAACACUCCCCUACCUAACACAUCCCAACACACACCCCUACCUCACACACCCCAACACACACCCCUACCUAACACACCCCAACACACACCCCUACCUAACACACCACAACACACACCCCUACCUAACACACCCCAACCUGACACACCCCAACACACAUCCCAACACACACCCCUACCUAACACACCCCAACCCACAACCCUACCUAACACACCCCUACCUAACACACACCCCAACCUGACACACCCCAACACACAUCCCUACCUAACACACCCCAACAGACACCCCUACCUGACACACCUCAACACACACCCCAACCUGACACACACACACCAAACUGACACACACACACAAACCUAACACACACCAACCUGACACACCCCAACCUAACACACACACACCAACCUGACACACACACCAACCUAACACACCCCAACCUGACACACACCAACCUGACACACCCUAACCUAACACACACCCCAACCUGACACACACUCACACUCACUCUCACUCACACACACACACACACACACACAUAUACACAGGCACACAUACACAGGCACACACACAUACACACGUUGACAGGCACCCACAAGUACGUAAACACACACAUACCCUCUCUCACACAUGCACACACACACACAGGCAUGCACGUGUGUGCACACACACACAGGAACACACAUGUGUGCGCACACACACACGCACAGGCACACACAAACAUGCAAACACACACAUACCCUCUCUCUCUCUCACACACACACACACACACACACACCCUCUCCUCUCUGCAUGUUCCCCUAGCUCAGCUUAGCGCAGUGCUGUAGAAAAUACCAGAAGCAGCUAAAGCCUGUAAGGCCACUGCUGUGAUAGAACCCGCACAAGCAAUCGCACAAUCAGCCAUACAAUCCCAGUCACACAAUCGCACAAUCAGCCAUACAAUCCCAGUCACACAAUCGCACAAUCAGCCAUACAAUCCCAGUCACACAAUCGCACAAUCAGCCAUACAAUCCCAGUCACACAAUCGCACAAUCAGUCGUACAAUCCCAGUCACACAAUCCCAGUCACACAAUCGCACAAUCAGUCGUACAAUCCCAGUCACACAAUCUAAGUCAUAGAAUCACACAAUCAGUUACACAAUUGCACAAUCAGCCAUACAAUCACACAAUCUGUCACAGAAUUGCACAAUCAACCAUACAAUCGCAAAUCAGCCAUACAAUCUCAAUCAUACAAUUGCACAAUCAAUCACACAAUCAGCCAUACAGCCUCAGUCAAAUAAUCGCACAAUCAGUCAGAAAAAUGUACAAUCAGUCACACAAUCACACAAUCAGCCAUACAAUCGCACAAUCAGGCACAAUUGCACAAUCAGUGAGUCACACAAUCACAGUCUCACAAUCGUACAAUCACAACCACAGCAACACGAUCAUAAAAUCAGCCAGUCGCACAAUCGCAUUCGUGCGCACGCACUGUGUCUGAUGCAGCUCCACUGCAGAUGAACCUGUGUUUGUGUGUCCAGCUCUUGCUCGCUGUGUGUGUAUGUGUCUGAGUGUGUUUGUGUACACGCAUCUGUAGCGUGUAUGUGUCUGUGCGUGUGAGCGUGUGUGUCUGAAUUUGUGUGUGUGUGUGUGUUUGUGUACGCACAUCACGUAUGUGUCUGUCUGUGUGAGCGUGUGUGUGUUGUGAGUGUGUGUGGUGUCCGUGUGUCUUGUUUGUCAUUGUGCCAGAGUUGCAUACUGUUCAGUGAACAAGAACCGGGGCAUCAUGGGACAAAACACAGCCACCCUUCCCAUCAGACCCACCCCUCAGGGUCAGAGGUCAAGAGCAGACAGUUACUGAGGUAACCACGGUCUGUCACUCAGCCGCCCAUUCACAGCUCCUGCCGUAAUGCCAACCGCUUCCACAGGGUGGCACUGUUCCCCUUUUUCCACACAUCAUUGUAAAUACAAGAUUAGCGCUAUGCUAGCGUAGCAUUCUGUACUGUCCGAUGCUGUUUAGAUGCUGAGUCUGCUGGUCAUUCCCCCCCCCCCUCCCCCCCAGCUUAUGUAAGAUUUGUCCUCCCACAUCAAAUAAUGCACAAAAACAUCUCACAGGUAACCACUGUAAUGGUGUACAAUAUUUAAACUCAAUGUCCUGUUGUAAAUUUGUUUCUGAAUUGUACAUUUCAAAGGUUGAUAUUCACCAGAAGAAGGAAAAAAAGAAAUCUGGCAAUAUUAAAAUGAUUUCUGGUUCUG